CCGCCGUCGCCUCCGAGCUCCGCCGCCGCCGCCGCCGCCGCCGCCGCCGAGCACCAUGGGAGACGCCGGGAGCGAGCGCAGCAAAGCGCCCAGCCUGCCGCCUCGCUGUCCCUGCGGCUUCUGGGGGUCCAGCAAGACUAUGAAUCUCUGUUCCAAAUGCUUUGCUGAUUUUCAAAAGAAACAACCAGAUGAUGAUUCCACCCCAAGUACAAGUAACAGCCAAUCGGAUUUGUUUUCCGAAGAGACCACCAGUGACAACAACAAUACCUCUGUAACCACGCCAACUCUUAGUCCCAGCCAGCAGUCGCUUCCGACAGAACUGAAUGUAACUUCACCAAGUACAGAGGAAUGUGGGCCAUGCACAGACACAGCUCAUGUCUCGUUAAUCACACCAACCAAAAGAUCCUGUGGUGCAGAUUCACAGUCCGAGAGCGAGGCCUCACCCGUGAAACGACGGCGACUAGUAGAGAACCCUGAGCAGCCUGAGGAGAGCGGCCGGUCGAAGCAGAAGAGCCGGCGCCGCUGCUUUCAGUGCCAGACCAAGCUGGAGCUGGUGCAGCAGGAACUGGGAUCCUGUCGCUGUGGCUACGUGUUCUGUAUGUUACAUCGCCUCCCAGAGCAGCACGACUGUACGUUCGACCACAUGGGCCGCGGGCGAGAGGAAGCCAUCAUGAAAAUGGUGAAACUGGACCGGAAAGUGGGGCGCUCCUGCCAGCGCAUCGGGGAGGGGUGCUCCUGAAGGCCAGGCACGGCCACCACACGACGCUGUUCUUAGUUCACUAAUGUUAGCCUUAUUUAGGACAAAGUCAGCCAGACACCUUGUACUGGGCACGCGUCAGACCACAGCCGGCCGUUUCCUUUCUUUAGCCAGCCAUCCUGGUACUGUAGUUUAGGGGUUGAUGGUGGAUGAAAUUGAUUUCUGGCUGGUUACUAAGGUGCCUGCUAGCCAUUGUAUAAAAUUAAAACAUGAAGAAUAUUUGUUUUGAGCAUGGCUAGUGGAUUUACAACAACACAUGCCUGUCACUGCUGGAGUCAGACUUACAAAAGCCUUAAGCGGAAAGUGUCCAGACCAGGCUGAGUCCGUAGAGGAGGCGCGGGCCUCGGCGCCCACGCCGGCAGCUUUGACAGAAACUCUUCCGUGGUCGGCCUUUCACCUCUUCACUUUCCCUUGGUCCCAGCAGGACCUGAUGGCCACGCGUGCCUUGGCCACAGGAAGCUGCCGAGACUGGCCAUGUGGCUGGGCUAGGCUGUGCCCUCUCUCCCUCAGCGCUGGAAGUCAGGGUGGGGACAGAUUCUAUGGAAGAAGCUUUUUACCUGUUGUUCCGGGAAAACUCAUCACACAAGAGACAACUUCACUUUGAAAAUUAGAUCCACUCAAGAUUAGUCCACGCAUGAUCCCCACCUUUUCUGCACAGGAUCCGUGGUCGUGACCCACUGGCUCUGGCUGUAGCUUGCCAAGGGCAAUGGCGUUGCUCGUGACAGCCCUGGGGCUGAGGCUUGCACCUGGGCCUUGGUGACCAGAUUUCUUUCUUUGGAGUUUGAAUUAGUGAGCACACAGCGGGUGAGCGCACGGAGGGAGCCGCUGCCGCCAUCCCAUAUGCAGCCAUAGUUUGAGGACAGCCAGGCACCCACCUCAGGACAAGUUCAGGAAGGGAAGACAGUGGACUGCACGGGGCCUGGUGUGUGUGGCAUUGAGUGGGGCUGUGGGUGGGGGGGCCGCUCUCAGCCUGGGCCUCAGUGGGGCAGGUAGGUGGGGCUGGGUAGAAAACAUUAACAGUCAGGUGGGCGGGGCUGGGGAGAUUCUAGGAGUCCCUUGAAAGCCUGGAUCAGGUCUAAGUGCCACACAGGUGCCACCUGUCCCAGAUUGUGGCUUGGCAUGGAGCUGCCCACGUCUAGCCCAGUGACUUCCCUCUGUGUAGCUGAGCAAGGUCUGCUCUCCAGAGGAGCACAUCUGCAUUGAACACAUCUGCAAGUACAAUGUUGUCUUGAUCCAAAACAGUAAAUAGUAAAUCAUGUUCUUCCCACCCCAUCUGCACCCCCACGGGGAUCCAGUGCAGAAUCUCCAGCCUUAAUUCUUGCUUCAGGACCCAGACCAGCGCCUCACUCUAGGGCAGCCCAGGGCGCAGGUGCCAGGUCUGCCUAGCGUUUACCACUGUUGUUAAGCCACAGCCCUCGGCCAUCACAUGGCCAUCCUCAGUGAGGCGCCAUGAACCCUUCUUAGGCCCUCAGGUCCCCAUAGCACUGGGAGGGGGCGCUGGGGACCAUGUGCCCAGGGACCGCAGCCAGGUUCACUCUGCUGGGAGAGCUGGCUGGGGGGAAGGGCUUGCUCCCUACAGUGUCUGUUCUGUGAAGUUUGUUACGUGUAAGGGAAGCUGAAGUUCUUGUAUCUUUAAAGAGGAAGUCUUAUUUAACCCUUUGUGUCCUAGAUUGACUUACACACAUAGCCUAGAGCUCAGUUUUAGUUUAACAUUGUGAAAAUAUUAAAAGAAUCUUGUAACUUUAUUCUUUUUUUUUUCUCCUGCUGAAACAAAUUAAACCAAUCAUAUGGA